GCCGGGACCGGCGGAAGUUGAGAGGAAGUUUAUGAGCCAGAAAAUGUGUUCCCAACCUUCUACCUCUUUACCUGCCAAUUCCAAGUGCAGAGUCCAAGUGGCCCUUAAGGAUGUCUUUGGGUUCGAUUCUUUCCGGACAGAUUUGCAGGAAAACGCAACACGGACUGUAGUGAAAGGGGACCGAGAUGUGUUUGUGUGCAUGCCGACCGGAGCAGGGAAGUCUCUGUGUUACCAGCUUCCAGCUGUUCUAGCCGUGGGAAUCACUGUUGUCAUUUCUCCUCUAAUUGCUUUGAUUCAGGAUCAAGUAGAUCACAUGCUUGCUCUAAAGAUAAAAGCUUGCUCUCUGAACUCCAAGCUGCCUCUUCAGGAACGCAAAAAUAUUCUGCAAGACCUGGAGAGCGAGCAUCCAAAAAUCAAAUUACUUUAUAUCACCCCAGAGAUGGCAGCGUCUCCAGGUUUUCAGCCCACACUGACACUGCUUGUCUCACGUGGCCUUCUGUCCUACCUCAUCAUAGAUGAAGCGCAUUGUGUUUCAGAGUGGGGGCACGAUUUCCGCCCCGAUUACAUGCGCCUGGGUUCCUUGCGCUCCCGCAUACCACAAACACCAUGUGUGGCCCUCACUGCCACUGCCACUAAGCAAGUGCAAGAAGACAUCAUGACUUCACUGAAGCUGCGCCAACCCAUUGCUAUAUUUAAAACGCCUUGCUUCCGUUUCAACCUGUUUUAUGACGUGCAGAUGAAGGAGCUACUAGGCGAUCCUUAUGGGAACCUGAAAGAAUUUUGUCUGAAAGCUCUGGGAGAAAAAAAGCCCCAAGGGGGUUUCUCAGGCUGUGGGAUCGUUUACUGCAGGACCAGAGAAAGUUGUGAAGAGGUGGCUAUCCAGCUGUCCCAACGAGGGGUCAAGUCCAAAGCCUAUCAUGCUGGUCUUAAAGCUGGAGAUAGAGUGACGAUUCAGAACGAGUGGAUGGAGGAGGUUGUUCCAGUUAUUGUGGCUACGAUUAGUUUUGGAAUGGGUGUUGAUAAAGCCAAUGUAAGGUUUGUGGCUCACUGGAACGUUGCCAAGUCAAUGGCAGGUUAUUACCAGGAGUCAGGGAGAGCCGGCCGUGAUGGCAAGCAGUCCUUCUGUCGUCUGUAUUACUCCAGAACUGACCGGGACCAAGUGAGCUUCCUCAUCAACAAGGAAAUCUCACAAGCCCAGGCAAAGAGAAGAGCUUCCAAAGCAUCUGAUAGAGCUGCCAUGGCUGGAUUUGAGACAAUGGUGAACUUCUGUGAGUCUUUGGGGUGUCGUCACGCUAUUAUUGCAUCUUAUUUUGGGGACGAGCGGCCGCUGUGUAAUAAGGCCUGUGACUGCUGUAAGAACCCUCUGGCAGUGAAGCGCCAGCUAGAGCAUUUGCAGGGUCUGCUCCUGAGUGGCAAAAGCCGGACUUGCAUCCAGCAGCCUGACAAACCAACUGGACCGUUUGGAUACGACAGAGAGCUUUAUGAGGGAGGGAAGAAGGGCUACGGGUUUGCCAGUUGUGAUGACAGUUAUGAAGGCGGCCAGGCGGACAACAAAGACGAUCACAAACGAGAGUGGAACAGCUUCUACCAGAAACAGAUGAAUCUGCGUAAGAGUAAGCAGCUGGAAGAAUUCAUACCGCCAGAUGAUGACUGCCUUCUUAAAGAUGCUGCCAAUGACAAGAUCCCAAAAUUGACCGUGAAGGCCAGGGAGCAUUGUCUGAAGAUGUUGGAAGAAGCUCUCAGCAAAAAUCUGGAAAUGACAAAAUCUGAAAGCUGUUCUGACGUGGGUUCGUUGGCUAUAAAUUUAGAGUUUGAGAUUUUCAGAAGCAGCAAAGUGUCCAAUGUCUACAAGGCAGGAAUACUGAAAAAGGUAACUGAUAUUAACAAGGCAUCAAAAGACGGGGAGCUGCACGCUGUGUUCGGAUCCACUGAUUGUACGGAGAAGCCAGAGGUGAAGUCGAAUUUUCCAGAAUGUGAAUUUGUGACUGCAUCGCAAAUGCAGAUUAAGAGGAAGCGAAUGGGAGCGGGGUCUGCGCUGUUUCAGACCGCAUCAAGUUUCUUAGAAUCCACCAAAGCAGACGACGCUGGAUUUUCACUGUCUAGUCUUGGGAGCAGCCACAAUCCACCAUCGAAUAGUGUUGAUGACGCCUCAAACCAUACAGGUAGUAAAAACUUGGAUAGUCCAAGCAAAAAAGUUGAAAGUCCCAGCAAAAAGAUGAAACCCGGCAAGAAAAAGAAAGACCUUGCAACGGCAGCCUCGAAGGACUCGCAGGAAAUUUCAAAGUUUUUCACAUCGCAAAAGAAGAGAAAAACUGCAGAGAGUGAUGGCAAAAAACGUUUUGAGAGCCCCUGCAUCAGUGAAUCAGAGGUGAGCCAAGAACAAAAGGCUGAGAGCUUGCUGAAUGGACACCAAGUGCGUAGCAAAGAACAUUCUGGGAGCGCCCCAGAUCUACAGCGUUUGGAUAGUUUAGCUCUACCAACAUCAGAUAUAAGGGAAAACACAGGAUGUCCAAAGCAAUUAGAAACAAAUGAGCUCUUGAAGGAUCCACAGCCGUCAGACACAAAGGUCCUCUCUAAGGACAAACACAGAACGCAGUCUUUGCAAGACCUACCAAAGCCAACUCCGGAUCUACAGGAACUCCAAAAUGUCAGCUUGAACACUGACUCGAUAGAUAAUAGGGAGAAUUCCUGGAGCAGGUCCAGGACCCCGGAGGAGGAGGUAGGCGAGAAGGAUUCUGGACUUCCUGCCAACAAGAAGCCAAGAAUAGAAGAUAAAUCUUCCUCCAUUUUGUUCCACCCUGACAAAGUACCUAGUGGUCAAGGAAAGAAAAAAGUUACCUUCGACCCUAACCUGAGCAGGGAAGACAAAGAAGGAACAGCUAAAAUCCUCCAGCCACCAUCUGGGAAUAAAGUAGUUACCCUGAAGGAGACAGCUGACAUCGUGGUGAAGUACUUAACACCUUUCUUCCGUGAUGGGAAAUUUGCAUCAAAGGAUUUAUUUAAAGCAUUUGCUCGGCAGUUGUCUCAUUACCUAGCAGGGGAGAACAAGACACCACUGAGAAAGAAUGUAAAAGAAGAAGCCCAGAGACUGAUCAAGGCAUUUUUUAAGAACCGGACACGUUGUGAGAGUGAGAAGGAGUGGGAAGAACUGUUGCUGAGUGCUUCCACUUGAUGUCUUUGGGGAUACCCAGUGUGUGGAUGAUGGAAGCUGGGUGAAGCUGCUGGAUACAAUGGAUAUGCUAUCUAUGCACUAAAUACUGUACUUAUAAGCACGUCGCUACCUCAGCCCAUUAUACAAUCUGUGCGGGCAGGAUUCGCUCCCCUGAGGAAGACAAGAAGCUUAUUUUAUUCAGGGAAUCUCUCUAU